GGUUUAGUCAAAUGGAGUGUUAGGUAGACUCAUGACUAUAGAGAAACAAGACUAAAGUAAACAAAUAGUACUGAAGACACGAAAGACCUUCAUUGUAUGACUUCAACUACUCUCACAAACGGCGAAUUAUUAGUAGCAGGUCAACAAGACGAUAUGCUUGUCGUCAGCUUAGCCCGUGGAGCAGUUACUCGCAAAAUCUCUGGUGCGUCUAAUAUUGUUGUUCUAAAAAGUCUGCCUCGCUCUAUCUGUGCAGGUUCAUUGCUGGGUGAAGUAACACUAAGAGAUCCAAGAACAAUGAAAGUAGAGCAAAGAGUACAAGCGCAUACUGCCACCUUAUCUGAUCUAGAUGUGUCUGGCAACUUGUUAUUGACUUGUGGGUUCUCACAAAGACAGGGAUCAUUGAUCAUGGAUCCUCUUGUCAAAGUAUACGAUAUCAGAAUGGCAGUUCGAACAUUGGCACCUAUUCCAUUUCCAAGUGGGCCCAUGUUUCUCAAAAUGCAUCCAACACUCAGUACAACCUGCCUUGUAGCAUCUCAAACAGGCCAAUUUCAAAUGUGUGAUGUCUCUAGCCUGAUUAUGGGCUCAUAUGCUGCACCUGCACAAUUUCAUCAACUGCAGACAUCUAGUUACAUUACAGCCAUGGAUAUCUCCAGUUCAGCACAAACACUUGUAUUCGCAGAUGGUGCAAGUUUUGUUUAUCAGUAUGCAGAUAGAGAGGACUUCGAUGUCAACCCAUAUUCAUUACCAUUGACUACACCUGAUAUUGUACAAACUCCAACCACAACUAUGAAAGAGGACAGUCCUCUUUCUUCUGUUGGCAUGCCUUAUUACACAGAUCCAUUACUAUCGUUAUGGCCCAACAACAAGAUUUAUGAAGUAGGAGCACAACCUACACCCAUUGACGAAGAAAUCAUUAGGAACAUGAAAACCAUUGAUUUUGUUGGUUAUGCACCAAACCCAGGCAACAUUCAUCGCAACCAAAGGCCUCGAAAGAAGAAGGUUGUCACUAAAAAGAAUGGCCCCAAAUUUCGCUCAGAACAAGAAAGAGAAUUAUUGCAGGCUCGCAAAGUAUUGGUGGGCGAUGAUGACCCACGACAUUUAGGCAGACGGUCUUCUUCUGUAGGCGAUAUUUACUCAACAGACCCUGCUGUAAUCAACAUGCCUCGUUACUACCAACGUGUAGAGAUUCAAUACAGCCGAUUUGGUGUAGAUGAUUUUGAUUUUGGAUACUAUAAUUCAACAAAAUACGGUGGCCUAGAAACUCAUAUUCGCAAUUCAUACUGUAAUUCGUUUUUGCAAGUCUUGUUUUUCAUCACGCCUUUGCGCAACAUUGCAAAAGCACACAUUAAAAUCGCAUGUUCCAAAGAUAAUUGCCUGUUGUGUGAAUUAGGCUUUCUUUUCCGUAUGCUUGAAGAUUCAAAAGGUCAAAAUUGUCAGGCUACGAACUUUUUAAGAGCAUUUAGCACGAUUCCUCAAGCAUCGGCAUUGGGAUUAUUUGAACCAGAGACACCUACGCGUAACUUGUCAUUCUCGACAUUAAUGCAGAACUUUACUCGUUUUAUUAUGGAACAAAUUCACCAAGAGGCCAACAUGGCGUCUAAUUCUAACCCACUUAUAUCCAAAACAUUUGUAAACGAAAUCAAAACCAAAAGUGAAGAAGAACCCAUUACAUUAGAAACACCAUCUACAAUGCAGCAAUUGUUUGGACUACAGACACUGAGUCAAAGCAAAUGCGGUAGUUGUCAAAAAGAAGUCUCUCGCAUCACAUAUCCUUUUGUUGUUGAUAUGCUCUAUCCAAAGAAAAAUGACAGGAAAUCAAGAAAACGAUCAUUUACCAGUAUCCUUAAAGCAAGCAUGUAUAGAGAAAACCAAACAAAGGCAUGGUGCGCUAACUGUCAUCAGUAUCAACCCACGAUCACGAAAAAGAUUAUUUGUGGUCUACCUGGUGUGAUGCUGAUCAAUUCGGGUGCUUCUAAUAGUGAAGAAGCUUUGAUUUGGAGACAAAAUGGUCCCAAUAGUAAGAACACACAACAACCUACUGUACAACAAGAAGCAGUUGUUGAUAGUGAUCAAGGAUCUACAAAUGAAGAUGCGCAAACUGUAAACUCGCCUUCAUCUUGGCUACCAGAAAGAUUUGGAAUUUAUAUCAACGGCACAGAACUUGUGAUUAAAGCAUUACCUAUGGGCAAAGAAAUACCACCUGAAUUCAAAGGCUCACCAGAGACAUGUGCUAUUUAUGAACUCUCUUCGACUAUCUUACAAGUUCAAGCAGAAGAAGAAACAACACAUCUUGUUUCUCAAAUCAAAGUGCCUGAUCCAGACGCAGAGCCCGAAUCAAAAUCUGCCUGGUAUUUGUUUAAUGACUUUUUAGUUCGAAAAAUUCGGCCAGAAGAAGUGUUUUCUUUCAAGGGCGCUUGGAAGACACCUGCAGUGCUUCAAUACAGUCGUGUGGAUUUAGACAACUUGCUUGAUCUGGAUGUAUUGCCCUCAGAAGUAGAUUAUUCACUCUUGUUUGAGAAUCUAUCUAUUGCUGAAGAACCCAAUCCUAAUCCACGUCAUGAAGUGUUAACAAAAGAAGAAAUGCCUAAACCAGGAACACUGGUGGCGAUUGAUGCCGAGUUUGUGGCACUGCAACAAGAAGAGACAGAAAUUCGUAGUGAUGGUACAAAAUCAUUGAUUCGACCAAGUACGUUAACUCUGGCUCGUGUGAGUGUGCUACGAGGUGAUACAGGUCCAAAAGAAGGUGUUCCAUUUAUCGAUGACUAUAUUACGACGAGCGAACCUAUUGUGGAUUAUCUGACAGAGUUCAGUGGUAUUAUGCCUGGUGAUUUAGAUCAAAGCCAAUCAAAACAUACACUGGUACCUUUAAAGGUAGCCUAUAAGAAACUACGUAUGCUAGUGGAUCUAGGCUGUAUAUUCAUAGGACAUGGUCUAAACAAAGAUUUUAGAAUCAUCAAUUUACUUGUGCCUCCAGAACAAAUUAUUGACACUGUAGACAUUUACCAUAUUCGAAAUAGACAGCGUAAAAUCUCAUUGAGAUUUUUAGCAUGGCAUCUAUUACAUCAAGAUAUUCAAUCAGAAACUCAUGAUAGUAUUGAGGAUGCUAGAACAGCACUGGUGUUGUAUAAAAAGUACUUGGACUAUAGAAAAGAUGGUACUUUUGGACAGGUGCUAGAAGAUAUUUAUGAAGCAGGCCAUAAAGCAAACUGGCUCAAAGGCACAAAAGAACCUCUUUCUAGAGUUUCAAGUACACCUCAAAUAGAUGGUUUAGUUACCUCAAGUCCAUUGUUGUUUACUACUCAUUGGCCAUCAUAAUAAAAUCAAAUUCAUGCAUUAAAUUCAGAC